AUGCAGCGCACGAAUGACUUUUAUUUUAUUCGACCGGACGUACCGUAUAACCGGUUGGCGGGCAUCGACUCCCAAGAUUUGAUCCCUUUGGUAAACGAGUACAUUCUCCGAACAUCGGACCUUUUGAAUUCGUUUCUCCACAAAUUCCAACAAAAAAUCGACCGGAUAGAACAAAGAAUGACUUCAAUUGAGGUCAUGAUCCAAUUGCUGGAAAAGAAGGUAGACUUUUGGAGGUGUGAUUGGGAUGAUUUAUAUAGUUGUUCGGGUUAAUCCAUCAGUUUUUCGAGAUCAGGAUGUUUAUAUUACCACUUGCUUCUGCCCUUUUCUCUGGUUAUUAAUAGUCUCACGCUCUCUCCGUUUCAGCUGGAGAAAGUUUCGGUGAAAGGAAACCGACCCCAAAUUAAACCGAAUACCGGUUCCUCCAACGCGGAAGAGCAGCAAUUAACACCGGACUUUCCUACAACUUCUGAUGACAUAAAAGAUGAUGACACAGACGUCGUGAAUGAAGAGCAGCCAUCAACGGAGGGCAUGAUCAAGAUAAAGGACCAUCCCCUAUACAGCAAAUACUUCAAAAUGUUGAGGGUCGUGAGUCCAUUACAUUAUACUUUAUGUUUCCGAUUUACUGUAUCAGAUGUGUUCCUCCCGAAAACGGGGUUAAUUACCCAUCAAUUACUGAUUUUCCGCGUUCAAUUAUACUUUCGCCGUUUAAGGGCAUACCCGAGCUUGCGGUGGUUCAGAAAAUGGCAUCCGAAGGCAUCAACGGAGACUUCCUUUCCACACCCGACAAAUUAAUACCGCUAGAGUAA